GCGUUCUUUGUCUCGAUGUGUGGUCGCCAUUUCUGUCGUGUUUGUUCUGGUUGUUGACCCAAACAGUUUCCACUAGCCACUACUAGAAGAGGUGAGGGGAUAAUUUGAGGCAGCCCCAUCAGAGACAGCCAGUAAAAUAUCAAAAACCAGUACUUGUUCAGAUGGAAGGUAGUCUUUUUGGGCAAGGGGUGGCAAUGGAAAAGAAAAAGCAUGCAUCCAAACUACAAAAUCAAGCUACCCUAGACCCUGUUCUGAAUGCACUCAGUGCAGUUGACAGAUUUGAGGAUUUACAAAAUAGUAAUUUAUCAACCCGACUGCUAAAAAGCACCCUACUGAUACCACAAUCUAGCUCAGCUGAUUCCAAAAGUCCAGAAUCACAGCUGGAGAGUAAUCAACUGAUUUUGAAGAGAGACAGUCAAAUUCCCAAUGAAGACCAGGUGGUGGUGAAUCAGAAGUUGUCAGAAAAACUGAAAUUCCACCAAGUAGAAGGUGUAAAGUUUAUGUGGAAUGCAUGUUUCAGAACCAGCACAAGUGCUGGAUGUGUGCUUGCACAUUGCAUGGGUUUAGGCAAAAGCUUGCAAGUUGUAACUUUGACCCAUACUGUACUUACUAAUGCUAUAUGUCAGGUAAAUCGUGUAAUGGUGGUGUGUCCACUUAGCACGGUCUUAAACUGGGAAAACGAGUUCAGGAUCUGGCUUCCUGGUGACACAUUCACGACUCUGAACGUUUGCGAAUUAGCUAGCAGUAAAACGGAGAAAAAGAAGCUUACUGAGCAGGACGAGGUAUUUCGGCAAGCCUUAGUUGAUCCGGGUCCGGAUGUACUUAUUUGUGAUGAAGGACAUUUAUUGAAAAACGAAGAUUCCGAAAUAUACAAAGCCAUGAAUCAGAUUUGCACUCGACGCCGAAUUAUGCUAACUGGCACACCUCUUCAAAAUAGUCUGUUCGAAUUCUAUACAAUGGUUCAGUUUGUUAAGCCUGGACAACUGGGUACGAAAGCAGAAUUCGGAAAACGUUUUGCAAAGCCGUUGGAAAAAGGACAGGCGGUCGACUCCGCCCCGGAAGAUGUUCGUGUCAUGAAACGGCGAGCUCUUAUUCUUCAUAAGAUGCUUGAAAAUAUUGUUCAGCGUUUUGACAGCAACGUCCUCGCACCCUUACCGCCCAAAUAUGAAUAUGUUGUAUCCAUAAGGAUGUCGGAGCUCCAAAUCCGCCUUUACCUUUAUUAUUUGGAAAAUCACACUAAAGGAGGGAGUAUCCAACCCUCCGGAAAUCAAGGUGAAAGUGCUGGAUUGUUCAGCGACUUUCAGCAGCUUGCCCGAGUUUGGACUCAUCCAAAGGCUUUGCUUUUGGCAUGUAAUCGUCCGGAUUCAAGGAACUCAACUCAACAUGCUGUUUCAAAAAUUUCCAGUAGUGGUGAAGGAACGGCGAAAAAAAAUGCCAAAAACGACGAUGACGACGAUUACCUCAUGAGGACCGAGGAACAAAUUUUCGGCGAGGACGUGUGUAUGCAAGAUCUGGUUGACCAAGCUUUAACGUCGUCCAGCAGUCCUUGGUGGUCAGAUUUAAUCUCAGAAAACGAAAUUAACAACAUAGAACACAGUGGAAAAUUUGUUCUGCUGAUGGAUAUUCUUCGGGAGUGCGAGCUGAUUGGUGAUAAAUUAUUGGUCUUCAGCCAGUCGCUCAGAAGCCUAGAUCUGAUAGAAGAGUUUCUUGCAAUUGAAGAUUUCAAAAAUCAAAACAGAAGCACUAACGAAACCAAUGGGAAGGUUGUUGGCGGCACGUGGAAUAUCAAUACUGAUUACUUUCGACUGGAUGGCUCCACGUCUUCCGAACAGCGUCUUAAAUGGUGCCGAGCGUUCAAUGACCCCCAAAAUCCCCGUUCGCGUCUGUUUAUAAUCUCAACUAGAGCUGGCGGUAUAGGCAUAAAUUUGGUGGGAGCCAACCGCGUCAUAAUUUUUGAUGCGUCAUGGAACCCGUCACAUGAUCUGCAAAGUGUCUUUCGGGUUUACCGGUUAGGACAAAAGAAGCCGUGUUACAUUUAUCGCUUCGUAGCUCAGGGAACCAUGGAAGAAAAAAUCUAUUAUCGCCAGGUAGCCAAACUCUCACUAUCAAGGCGUAUUGUUGACGAGGAGCAAAUCGAUCGUUACUUCGCCUCAAACGAUUUGACUGACCUCUAUACAUUUAAUGCCGAUGGCCAGUUUUCGUUACCGGCUUCAAUACAAGAGCGUGAUGACACUUCUCUUCUUGACGACAACCUGUUGGCUGGAGUCGCAGUUCGACUGAAAGAGUGGGUUGGUGGGUACCAAGCACACGAUUCUUUGCUUCAGAAUCGUCCUGAAGAAUAUCUCGAAGACAGUGAGCAGCAAGCCAUUUGGAAAAUAUUUCAAGUAGAAAAAGAAAAAGAGACUUCGUUGGCGCAAGCAAGCUCGCAAAUAACUCUGUGAUGAAGUUGGUUUUGUUUACAACUGUCGAGCAUGGUGUAAAAGGGAGGUGUACCAACUCUUCAGUUAAGAAGGGUAUCUCAGCUGAAGCCUCUUCGUGGUACAAGGUUAUCAAUCGUCAGAGACGCCUGGUGGCCGAUCUUGAACUAAAUGAAAAACCCACUUGAAAAAUAUUCUAAGUCCAAAACAGUGGAUCCAUCCCUAUCGGCAUUCGCUACGGGCCUACGGCCCAUGGCAAUAAGAUGGCAUUUCAAAAUUAAUGUUAUUAUCUUUCUUGUUUGGAAAAAAAAUAUUUCAAGUACUGUAUGAUCACACUCUAUAUUUAAAAAGAAAUUAAAAGAUAGUUUAAGUAUUACUUUGUAUUACAUUUCUUGUAUGGGCAUUUUUGGCCAGUUUGAAACUCGCCUGGACUGUUGUUUGUUCUUUGGACAAUAAAACAUCUUUCAAACGUUUA